UAGUAAUGCCUGAAUUACUAUGUCGAACGGAAAGGGUGGAACAUGCGCGAAACUUUAAGACUGAAGUACGAGGAUUAAUGGAUGUUGAUCACUUGAUUGAAAGAGCUUGCAUUCAUAGAAACAUGAAUCAUUCUCAUAUCCACACAAUUCUGUUGUCGUUGUUUUCCGAUCUAUCCUCUCGGUUCCCACAGGAAAAGUUCGAUCUGGCUCUGUUUAAAAAUGCCGUGUUCUCGGUGUCUGAUAGAGAUUCGCGUGCUCCACGCCUUCACCAUAAGCUUCAAAGUUACUCAGGAACUGACUUUUUCGACGUCAACCAAACCUGGAUUGUGACAUAUGCCCAGCUUGAUGGCCUAAAACAAAGCCACAUGGCAUUGGCGACUCUUGAGGAUGCAACAAAUCUUGGUCUGGAAAUGGAGGAAGCUAGGACUGUGGUUCUUAUUCUUUCGCCAAGCUAUGAGAAACAUACAAAGUCAGCAGCGGAAAUUGCAAGAACUUUUGCUACCCUUUUAAUGAAUGACACACUCCGUCAAUCUGUGAAUGAUGCAGCCGAUGAUGAUCAGCUUCGUGACCUGUUAACUGAAUAUGCAAAAGGGCUUUCACAACAGCUCACUAUUCAAGUUAACGGAAAACCAAUUGCGGAUGACGAUGAUGAGUAUGAAUCAAAAAAUUCUAGUUUUUGUCCCUACUAUCCUUUCCGCGGUCUGGUCAAGGAUUUCAAACGUCGCAUGGCAAAUUACAAAUCGGAUUAUUUGGACGGCAUCAAGGACCGUCGAUCGGUUUCCAAAGUGAUUUCAACUGCAGUAUUUUUGAUUUUUACAAUAUUGCCAACGUCAAUCGCAUAUGGAAUGUUGAAUGAAAACAAUACGAAUGGGGCGAUUAAUGUACAAAAAGUGGUUCUGGGGCAAUGGAUUGGAAGUUUGCUUUUUGGGAUAUUUGGAGGUCAACAACUUUUGAUUCUUUCAACCACGGCUCCAUUGAGUAUCUACAUUGCUGUGAUCUAUCAAGUUGCACAGACAAACGAUUGGGAUUUCUUUCAAAUGUACGCGUCUGUUGGGAUUUACGCAAUGGGUUUGCUGAUUCUAGCAUCAGUAUUUCAGUUAGCAUCACUUAUGAAGUUUACAACAAGAUCCACCGAAGAAAUUUUCUCAGUUUUCAUUGCUCUGGCUCUUAUCAUAAAAGCAAUUAUGGCAAUUGUUCACGUUUACACUCAUGGAUAUCUUGGAUGCAUUAAUAAUGUUGCUGGUGAUCUUUGCGACCCUGCCGAACCACUUCUUUUUAUCUUCCUUCUGUUUGGAACUACUUGGCUCAGUAUGACAAUUAUUUCAUUCAGAAGUUCCCCAUAUCUUUCAAGAUGGAAACGCGACUUAGUAUCUGAUUAUGCUUUGCCAAUUGCCGUUCUCGUUUUUUCAUUUAUUUCGUUUUUUGGUUUUAGUGAUGUCAAGAAAGAACAAUUCCAAAUUUUCUCACGGGAAACCGAUGCAUUCUUUGUUCCUUUCUUCAAUUUACCCGCUGAAGCUCAACUACCAGCAGUUGGUCUUGCCAUUCCAUUGUCUAUUCUCUUUUUUAUGGAUCAACUUCUUGUUACCAAUACUGUUGACAACAAAGACAAUAAGCUGAAAAAGGGUUCUGCACAUCAUUGGGAUCUGCUUGUUGUUGGAGUUUUAAAUAUUGGAUUAUCAAUUUUCGGAUUACCAUGGAUGCACGGAGCCCUACCAUCAGCAUAUCUACAUUUGAAGGCACUGAGUGAUGUGGAAGAUCGUCUACAUAACGGAUACAUACAGACAGUAAUCGUUCACGUUCGAGAAACUCGCUUGGCAACGUUAAUUGCACACAUCAUUAUGAUACCAAUCUACUUCUUUUUGGUUCCACACAUCACAGUAUUUAUUCCAACAUCAAUCUUUAACGGUGUUUUCCUGUUCAUGGCAUUCAGCAGUUUGACUGGAAACGAGUUUUGGGAGCGAAUCUUGCUAAUUUUCACCGAACAACGUGCUUAUCCACCAACACAUUACAUCCGCCGUGUUCCUCAAAGAGUGGUUCAUCAAUUCACGAUCAUUGAAUUCAUCCAACUUGUAAUCCUUGUGGCUAUCGGUUUUGCACAGUAUCACUACGUUGAGAUGGUGUUUCCUAUUGUUAUCGCAGCUUUCAUUCCAUUCAGACACUUCUUCCUUCCGUUGUUCAUCCGAAAGCAAUAUUUAGAAGCAAUUGAUGGACAGCAUUGAACAUGCCCACCCUAUUUUUACAAAACAUAUAAUUCACAUUUUUUAUAAAGCGUCUUUUGA